AUGACAUCCUCAAAGCGACUUCCAAGCCCUCAGUUGUACACCAUCGGGUGGAUCACCGCUCUUGACAAGGAGCUGACCGCGGCAGAGGCCGUGCUCGACGAAGAGCACCAGAAGCCGGAAAACUUCAGAAAGCACCCGAAAGACACAAACAGCUAUGUCUGGGGUCGGAUCGGGGACCACAAUGUUGUCAUCGCCUCGCUAGCCGCUGGAAAGUACGGCACUGUGUCCGCAGCGACGACAGCGUGGAGCAUGACCAGCUCUCUUCCGCAUCUUCGGUUCGGCCUCAUGGUCGGCAUUGGCGCUGGCAUCCCCAGGCUGGCAGACAACAUCGACAUCCGCCUCGGCGACGUUGUCGUUAGCCAGCCGACUGGUACCAGUCCGGGAGUCGUGCAGUACGAUCUAGGGAAGCUGGGAAACGACGGCCAGUUCACACGUGUCGGUUCUCUCGCGUCUCCGCCCGAGGUCCUUCUCAAAGGAUUGGCGGCACUGAAAGCCAAACGAAGGCUCAAAGGACCUCGAGUGCGCAGCAUCCUGAACGACAUGCUCCAGCGUCAUCCCCUACUAGCAGAAGCAGAACCAGGUGACGCUGCGUUCGUCUACCAAGGGGCGCACAACGACCGGCUAUUCGAUGCAUCUUCUAUACACAUUCAACGCCCGGAUUCACAAAGCGCAGUGUCUUUGGCAGGAGCUGUUCCACAUAAUGUCAGUACGCACUAUUUUCAGCUGGCACUGGUAUGGGCUUGGUCCUUAUUUUGGCUUGUCUAUACCUCUGUGAGGACGCCUGCCAGUACGAACGAGGCGACAAGGAGCAUCCCAUCCGAAGAUGCAAGUUGUCAAGAGGCCAGCCAGACGAAAUCUUGCGAGCAUUGCGACACAGGGAAAGAAAUUGGGCGACGACAUCGACGAUCCACCGAUCCCGUAGUUCACUAUGGCGUCAUUGCUUCAGGCAACUCCGUCGUAAAGGAUGGGAUCUCUCGGGACGACAUUGUACAGCGACUUGGGGACAAGUGCAUCUGCUUCGAGAUGGAGGCGGCUGGUCUGAUGGAUAACUUUCCCUGUCUCGUAAUCAGAGGGAUCUGCGACUAUGCAGACACCCACAAGAACGACCGGUGGCAAAACUAUUCCGCAGCAACCGCGGCCGCAUUUGCAAAGGAGCUGCUUGAAGUUAUCGACAGCGAGGAUGUAGAGGGCUCCUCAAGAAUCGACGAAAUUAUGGAACAUCCCACAAACAAGAUGCAACAAAGCCAACAUUUCCAGGAGGUCAUGAAAUGGCUCGCUCCGCCAGAUCCAUCAACUAAUGACAACAAGGCAUUGCAGCAACGUCACGAAGGAACAGGCCAGUGGUUGCUCGACAGCGAGGAAUACUCGAAGUGGAAAAACACGCCGAAGUCUUCCUGA